AUUUAUUUUAUUUCAUUUUAUUUCAUUUUUAUUUAUUUAUUUAUUUUUUUUAAUAAAUAAAUAAAUGCCAAUAGCAGUUCCAUUUCUCACUGGCAGUAGACAGCUUUCUAUUGAAUUAGCAGAGCCGGUUGUUUUAUUAAGAGGGCCUCCUUCUGACCCUAAUACACAUGUCUUACGAGGAGAAGUGGAAUUAAUGUUAUCAAAACCUAUGAGUGCCACACAAGUGAUUGUGAAACUUAUUGGAAAAUCAAAUAUGCUUUGGCCAGAAGGACUUGGUCCUCGUAAUGCUAAAGUAUAUCAUGAAAAAACAGUUUUAGAACAGAAUAUUAUACUCGAUUGUCGGCCUGAAGAGGAUCCAAUGUUACCUGCAGGGUUAAAUCGUUGGCCCUUUGAAUUUUUAAUACCAAAUCGUAUUGUAGAAACAAUUGAAGAUGAGAUGGCACAAUUAUAUUAUUACAUAGCAGCUGUCGUUCAACGUCCAGGAAUGAGCACGCCUAAUCUUAGAUGUCGUCGAAAUAUAUUGCUUCUUCGCACCUUAUCUUGGUCAGAUAAUGUAUUAGCAUCUAAUUCAUUACCAACUACUUCUAUUGUAUCAGAGAGGAAAACAGAGACAUGUGAUGCUACCAUUUAUAUCGAAAGAUCCAUUGUUUCUUCGGGUACACAAUUUCCUAUAUCGAUUGUAUUGACAGCUCAGACAAAGAAUGUCUAUUUAGAAUCAAUAAACGUUAUAUUGACAGAACGUAGAGUGUAUGAGGUUCCUGAAUAUAAUGCACGGAGAGCUGAACUUCAUGAUUUCAAGUUACAACUUUCAACUGUUUCCAGUAUGGCUGAUACAGAGCAAAUGAGUCAAGUCAUGAUUCCUUCCUCCGAUAUACCAAUUCAGCAAAUUCGUAAAGCUCUUUCUGCCAAAAACGUUCAUAUCCCGCUCGGUUCCACUCCAUUCCAAUAUAAGUUUGUCUUUACACUUCCUAAUUGUUUAACAAUGAAUCAUACCACUUAUUAUCGAGAAAUGAAUUUUUUACACCACCUAAAGAUUAACAUUGAACUUUCCGUCCCUACUACAAGUACACCACCUUCACCUUCAUCUUCAAUAACAGAUUCUGAUACAUCAUCCGAAAUGACCAAGUCUUUUAAACGAACCUAUAUUCAUCUUGAGACGCCCAUUACAAUUCUUGAUUGCCGUCUUAAAGAAGACUUUUCGACAUUACCCACAUAUCAAGAAUCAUUAACAGAUACAACUGUAGAUGAUGAUGACGAUGAAGAAGAUAUUAUAAAGAAGCGAGCAGGCUUCUUUAUUUGUCCCUGUUAUGUAGACUAUAAAAAGAAAAGUACAAAAUGUUCUGGAAAGGAAAGAUUAAUAAUUCUUCAAAAUAAUAAUUAUGAAGCGGGACCUUCAUCAAGUCAAAACUCAAGUAUGGAAUGUUUAUCAUUACCACCACCUCCACCUUAUGAUAAAUAAUUCAUUGUAUUUUAUAACACCAUCAACCUUGAAAUAAUAAUAUUUUAUUACAUAAUUCGUCUACUAUUCUAUUCGUUUUCCCUUUUUAUAUCCCUUAUUUUAUUUUAUUUUAUUUUAUUUUUUUGCAGAAGUUAUUUAUAUUAUACAUUUUUAUUUACGGUUAUUAUAUUUUGCAUUAUUAAUUAUAAAUAAAUAUAUAGCUUAUGCAAGGAAAA